GGCGACGGCCCAGGAAACAAUAGAGCGUCGUCGUCGUCGAGCGGCUCGGCGCGGGAAGCGAGUGGCCGGCCGACUGGUUCCUGAGGUAAACCUAAGCGGGCCACGACGUCGCCCGCGCUCUCGAAGAGAGUCGGCAUCAUGGCGGAUAAGGAAGCUGCCUUUGAUGAUGCAGUAGAGGAGCGAGUGAUCAAUGAAGAGUAUAAAAUAUGGAAAAAAAAUACUCCCUUCCUCUAUGAUCUUGUAAUGACCCAUGCUUUGGAGUGGCCCAGCUUGACUGCUCAAUGGCUUCCUGAUGUAACCAGGCCUGAAGGCAAAGACUUCAGUAUUCAUCGACUAGUUCUUGGAACACACACCUCUGAUGAACAAAACCACCUUGUGAUAGCCAGUGUGCAGCUCCCCAAUGAUGAUGCGCAAUUUGAUGCCUCACACUAUGAUAGUGAGAAAGGAGAGUUUGGAGGUUUUGGCUCUGUUAGUGGGAAAAUAGAAAUAGAAAUAAAGAUCAACCAUGAAGGAGAAGUAAAUAGAGCACGCUAUAUGCCUCAGAAUCCAUGCAUCAUUGCCACAAAGACCCCAUCCAGUGAUGUACUUGUGUUUGAUUAUACUAAGCAUCCUUCAAAACCAGAUCCUUCUGGUGAGUGUAAUCCAGAUCUACGUCUCCGUGGGCAUCAAAAAGAAGGCUAUGGCCUGUCAUGGAACCCAAACCUUAGUGGGCAUUUGCUUAGUGCAUCUGAUGAUCAUACUAUUUGCUUGUGGGACAUAAGUACUGUUCCAAAAGAAGGGAAAGUGGUGGAUGCCAAAACCAUCUUUACGGGCCAUACUGCUGUGGUAGAAGAUGUUUCAUGGCACUUGCUCCAUGAAUCUCUCUUUGGAUCUGUUGCUGAUGAUCAGAAACUCAUGAUCUGGGACACCCGGUCAAACAACACUUCCAAGCCAAGCCACUCUGUGGAUGCUCACACUGCAGAAGUGAACUGCCUUUCUUUCAAUCCUUACAGCGAGUUCAUCCUUGCCACAGGAUCAGCUGAUAAGACUGUUGCAUUGUGGGAUUUGAGAAAUUUGAAGCUGAAGCUGCACUCCUUUGAGUCUCAUAAAGAUGAAAUAUUUCAGGUACAGUGGUCUCCACAUAAUGAAACAAUAUUGGCUUCCAGUGGUACAGAUCGUAGGCUAAAUGUCUGGGAUUUGAGCAAAAUUGGAGAAGAGCAGUCUCCCGAAGAUGCAGAAGAUGGUCCACCAGAGCUGUUGUUCAUUCAUGGUGGUCACACUGCAAAAAUAUCUGACUUUUCCUGGAAUCCCAAUGAGCCCUGGGUAAUUUGUUCUGUAUCAGAAGACAAUAUCAUGCAAGUCUGGCAAAUGGCGGAGAACAUAUAUAACGACGAAGAUCCUGAAGGAAGUGUGGAUCCAGAAGGGCAAGGGUCCUAAAUAAUUGGCCCUUUCCCCUUCCUUGCUGUGUGGUUCUCCCCCUCCCCGCCCACUCUUAUUAUCCUUUCCCUGCCUUGUUCUCCCAGUUCUAAGAUUGUCAACACUGGUGUUGGACAGACGGAUACACACACACGAUGCAUUCAACAGCCCAUCUAUAGAUGUUAUCCAUCAGCCUUGCUUCAAGCUCAGAAAGUGAGCAGUUUCUGUUGCAAGUUGAAGGCUUGGCCUGACAUGAGCUAGCACCACACAGUGGUGACCAUGUUUUCUUCUGAAACAUUUGGUUGAGCUUUUAAAAUUAAUACCAUUCAUACAGUGCAAACAUUAAGAUCCAAAUGUUCUACUGAGGAGAGUUUAAGACUCAAAGAGUUCCUGGUUUUCCUUUUGGUCCCUCUCAUAAAGGGGACUCUAGUGCUCUCUAAUCAAUCUUAGUUUUCAGGCACUGAUGAACCCAGUACAAGGUCACCUAUUACAUCUGUUUCUAGCUGUUGUCGGUCAUUACAAGUGGUUCUUUUGUACAGAUAAGGCCUGAGUUUCCCCCCAUUACAGCUUGGUCCAGCUAUCCCUGUCUGAUAGGGGAAAUUCAGGAUGUGAAUAUGGUGGUAGCUUAUUCCUGCGCAUCACUUUGCACUCUUGUGUGUUUCUUGAACUGUGUUCUCCUGUUACAUCUUUCCUUUCUGUGAAGUGUUUUUGUGUUUGUAACUUGGGGGACUACCAAGUUGUAAAAGGUUUUUAUUUCAGCUGAAUGAUAGGCCACAGACAUGUCCAGUUACCUGGAAAUGUGCACUGGCUGUUGGCAUAUGUAGACAGAAUGACUUAAGUAUGGAUGACAUAUUCUUUUCUCUUGUGUUAACACAUCUCCCGUCAGGGUGAACUGUUUCACCAGCAACCCAUUUAAUUCUUCAUGACCCAAUACAAGUGCUUCAAAGGAAAUAAAUUUGGUUUUCUAUGUAA